GGAUUCUGGGCUCUGCUUAGAGUCUGGCUGUUGCUGAGCACCCAGGAGCGAGAGGAGCAAGAAGCGGCAGAAGCAGCCACGAGCUGGAGCUAGACCAGGAGCUGGAGCCAGAGUUGGGUGGUAGCUGGAGCAGCACCAAAAGCAGCAGCAACUAAAGAAGUUGGAAGAUGCUGGUUACCUUGGGACUGCUCACUUCUUUCUUGUCUUUCUUAUACGUGAUGGCUCCAUCCAUCAGGAAGUUCUUUGCUGGUGGAGUGUGUAGAACAAACGUGCAGCUUCCUGGGAAGGUGGUGGUGAUCACCGGCGCCAACACGGGCAUCGGCAAGGAGACGGCCAGAGAGCUUGCUCGCAGAGGAGCCCGAGUAUACAUUGCCUGCAGAGAUGUACUGAAGGGGGAGUCUGCUGCCAGCGAGAUCCGAGCAGAUACAAAGAACUCCCAGGUGCUGGUGAGGAAACUGGACCUAUCCGACACCAAAUCCAUCCGAGCCUUUGCUGAGGGCUUUCUGACAGAGGAGAAGCAACUUCAUAUUCUCAUCAACAAUGCGGGAGUGAUGAUGUAUCCAUAUUCCAAGACAGCUGAUGGCUUUGAAACCCACAUAGGAGUCAACCACCUAGGCCACUUCCUUCUCACCCACCUGCUUGUGCAGCGGCUGAAGGAAUCUGCUCCCGCACGGGUAGUGAACCUGUCCUCGGUGGCCCACCAUCUUGGCAAGAUUCGCUUCCAUGACCUCCACGGUGAGAAGCGCUAUAACAGGACUUUUGCCUAUUGCCACAGCAAGCUGGCCAAUGUGCUCUUCACCCGAGAGCUGGCCAAGAGACUCAAAGGCACGGGAGUCACCACCUAUGCAGUGCACCCAGGCAUUGUCAACUCUGAGCUGAUCCGGCACUCCUUCCUGCUGUGCCUGCUCUGGCGUUGCUUCUCCCUCUUUGUCAAGACGGCGCGGGAGGGGGCGCAGACCAGCCUGCACUGUGCAAUGGCUGAGGGCCUGGAGCCCCUGAGCGGCAAGUACUUCAGUGACUGCAAGAGGACCUGGGUGUCUCCAAGGGCCCGAGAUAUCAAAACAGCUGAGCGCCUAUGGAGUGUCAGCUGUGAGCUUCUAGGAAUCCAGUGGGAGUAGCUGGUGGAAGAUCUGGGCUUUAUCAGGCCCAAUCUGACCCAGAAUGAAAGGGGACCAAGGAGAAGCCCAGCCCCAAAGGGUUGUCCUGGCUGGCUGCUGUGAAUCCUGCCCACUCUGAUCCUCCAGACCCUUCUGGAAAUGUUUGCACACCCCACUCUCUUGUGAAGGCACCUACAGAACAUUCUUCUCUAACAAUUGGAGAGUUGGCAAUCCUUGGGCAGUAGGGGCAGAGGACUGUACAGAUCCUGGACUGGGCAUGGAGGUGGCAGAAGAGCCUGGGCAACUGGGGCAAUUUCCUCACCAGCACCAGAAACUCUAGCCUGCAUGCUCAGCUGCUGCGACAGGAGCAUCAGCAUUACAUAUUUCCAGGCGCUAUGGAUUCAAACUCUUGAUUGUCCUCUUUCCUUUUUGAAAUAUAAGUCACAAUUCUAGUGUCUGGACCAACUCAGGAAGAUCUCAGCUAACCUUGGCCAAAUUAGAUUCCUUCCUCUGAGCAUCCUGAAGCCACUGUGUGAAGGACCUUCCCAUUUUCAAUCAUGCAGAUGAUUUCUUUUUCCAAAG